CAAGAUUUGGCUGUUGAACUUCAAGGCAAGAAAUAUUCCUACGGUUUGAAUAUUGUUCGCUAACCCGAAGCUAUUAUUGGCUUCUUCUGAAUCUGUUCCUAUGGAUGUUCUACUGGACUUUGAUUUUUGUGUCUGGGUACGUACCUAGGUAGGUAAGGUAGGUAUUUACUAGGUACAUAGACCGACAAACUAGCAAUUACCUAGGCAUUUGUCGCAACUUUUCUUGUUUUACUUUAGUCACUCCACAUAAGGAAGGGCCUUGGUGACCUCACUGUCCGAAGGUUCCAUCGGUCGGUUCUGGCGCGUCACUACCACAGCCAACCCCUACUUUGACAAUUGAGACUUCAUUACUUAACAUACACGGCCGAUUUACCAAAACAAUAAUGCGCCUCGGUCUCUCUCCUAAAACUUGUCCUUAAGGAGGAGGGCGUUCUUUGGGGUCCUUCACAGUUUCUGUUUAUAUUCAUUGUUACUGAUCAACUUCUCUUCUCUCCUUUUAUCGUGUACAUACUUGGUACCGUCGCCACACGCACCUACCACCUACCACCACCAAGUCGCUUUACCCAGCUUUGCCGACCGAGCUUCCCCUAUCGAUGCCGCCCUUUGUAUCUUAACUGUCAACUCACCACAUUGUGACCAGCCACUAUGGCACCUUCACGGCCGACAACGACGGGCUACGAGAGACUUGCACAAGCUGACCAGCUCAGCGAUUCGGAAGAUGACGAACCCCUUGGACGUAGCUUUGCGUCGCUGCAACACCCGGCCGCACCGCGAUAUGCACCCACCGACCAGCCAAGGCCUCACAGCGGCAUGACGUCGCCCAAGGCCGGCCGAAGCAACGGCAAUGGCGUCAAGUUCCAGAGCGAUAGUGGGUAUGGAGGCAGCAGGAGACCUUUUGGGGGCCACCGCCGGUCGAACUCUGGUGUAGACAUCAAGGCUAUCAAUGCUCGUCUCGAGCGUUGGGCGGACGAGAUCGCUUCAAAGUUCAAGCGCCAUCGGGACACGAAGCCCGGGGAAGACCAACGGCUUGAGAUCCAUCACUCGGUCUUCCAGGCCCCCGAAGGUGUGCGUCCACUCACAGCCGAGACCCUUGCGGAUCCCAAUGCGCACGGCGGUGCUCCUGCAAUGAGCUCGGACGAGUUCGAUGCCAUCGUCGAGAGUGUGCGCGUUGCGAUCGAGCAAGGCGUUCAUCCGCUUAUGAUUUCGCAGGGUAGCUCAGGAAGCUACUUUGCGCGGAAUCCCGACGGCAAGGUUGUGGGUGUCUUCAAGCCCAAGGAUGAGGAGCCGUACGCGGCUGGCAAUCCAAAGUGGAACAAAUGGAUACACCGAAACCUCUUUCCCUGUUGUUUCGGCCGAGCCUGUCUAAUCCCCAACCUGUCGUACGUCAGCGAAGCGGCCGCCUACACGCUCGACUGUCAGCUGCGGACGCAUAUGGUACCCUACACGGACGUCGUGCACCUUGCAUCCAAGUCAUUCCAUUAUCCGUUUUGGGAGCGCUACGCGCAUUCGCGCAACAAGAAACUCCUUCCGUCAAAACCUGGAAGCUUUCAGGUGUUCCUCAAGGGUUUCAAGGAUGCUAACAUCUUCCUCCGGGAACAUCCCUGGCCUGACCAGUACCUGUCCGGUUUCAGAACAAGUGACUCGCAUCGCAACAAGAGGAAGCGAUGGGCUGACAACUGCAGGCCGUCCCGAGGCGCGUCUGCUAACGGAGAGGAUGAGAGCGAUGAUGAAGGGGGCGUCGGUGGGAGCAGUGGGGGUAGCCGGGCAAGUCCCCGGCCGCCAGGACCCGAUAAUUUUGUCUGGACGGAGACCCUGAAGCAAUCAUUCAGGGAGGAGCUCGAGAAGCUGGUCAUCCUGGACUAUAUAAUGCGCAAUACCGACAGAGGCCUCGAUAAUUGGAUGAUCAAAGUCGACUGGGAAACCGAGACGGUUUCGGUCACUUCAGAACCGGUUCAACUUAAGAUUGACGAAAGCAACUCACGUGAGCCGGAGGACGCAGCACGACCGGUGGACUUGUCUCGCAGAGGUUCCCCAGAGACAAGGGCAUCGUAUCCUUACAGAAAACAACAGCCAAUGAACGCAACCACUCGGCCAACUUCGACAGCGCCGGAUCCUAAGAUCUCUAUUGGAGCUAUUGAUAACUCCUUAUCGUGGCCGUGGAAACAUCCCGAUGCAUGGCGAAGUUUUCCGUUUGGCUGGCUAUUCCUGCCCGUUGACCUGAUAGGUCGUCCUUUCUCACAGCGCACACGAGACCAUUUUCUGCCCCUGUUGACUUCGACACAUUGGUGGUCCCAAACGCAACUGGCGCUUCGUCAAGUGUUCCAAUUGGACCCUGAUUUUCAGGAGCGUAUGUUUGCACGUCAAAUAGCGGUGAUGAAGGGCCAAGCAUGGAAUGUGGUCGAGACGCUCAAGACAGCAGACCAUGGCCCGCUCGAACUUACUCGGCGCGCCAAGGUCUGUGUAUGGGAUGACUUGGUCGACGUCCCUGUUGCCGUGCCUAUGAGGGCGACCAGUUCCGAGAUGCAUCGUACCUCGAAUGCCGACGGCCCACUUGGCGGUGACGUGCUGUUGGAGGAGGAGAUGGAUAUAGGUGCUGCCAAUUCAUCCUCCAAAGCUGUUGCGUCAUCCAGUGCUGCGGUUGAUGUACUUGAUAUCGCAAGUCCACCGGCAGAUCUGCCUCACCCGGGUCGUUUCGAGCUUUCGGUUACGAAUCAAGGUGAAACUGGCGAUGGCGGCGGCGACGACAUCGCAUCAGGUGCAGCGGUGACGUCGUCACCAGAGGAACUGGCUAGUCCUGCCUCGCCUACGCUGGAUAACGCACGAACCUCGAAGCAACGGCCCCCGCUGCUGAGCGCGCGAAGCUCUCAAGGUCCGGGCAGAAGUCUGAACAUGUACACGCCUCACCACGAAAGGCGCUUUUCCUUUGCCACUGCGGCGAGCAGACGCAACAGCAAUAGUAUUGCGCAGCAACUGUACGCGCCUUCAGCGAGCGGUGCUGCUGGGGGCGCGAGGGCGUCGGCAGAUUCGUUUGGUUCAUAUACGUACGACGAUGACAUGGACGGCGACCUUGGGUACGCGGCAGCUGAGGGUAUGGAAGGCAGCCGGCGCAAGGUCAUUGUGGAGAGACUGGAGCCGGUGAAAACUCGGAAUCCUGUUUUCACGUGGUGCUAAUAGAGGACUUGAAGAUGGGAGGGAGGCCUUGUCGCUUUGUUCCCAAAUACUUUCGAGGGAGGCCAUCUGAGAAAAUUGUACCGAUAUCUAUGACGAUGAGCCAGACAGAGUACAGGCAUUAAUAGCAAAGCGGACUGGAGGGGCCUUGAUUCUGCAACAUUCUUUUCGGUUGUCCAGGCGGCCUGCGUUGGUGCCGCGUCUUGACCAAUGAUCUAACACAUGCCUACCUUGCCUAUUCAGCUGGUUCAUUACCUACAUGCACUGCCUACUGAGCAAGAUGAUAAUAUAUCUUGCCGAAAGAGGAAACCACCGAACUGAACAAAUUCCCAGACAAUUGAGUUCAAAGUUUAUUAUAUGUUCCGGGGCAAGGGUACGCAAUCACGAACUUCCAUGUUUCCUCGCAUUGGUCAAACUUACAGCUUCUUUACCCUGUACCCAUAACCAGCCUGAAUUUCUCCUCACACGCGCUUCUCUCCGUUGCAAGCUCGCCGCAAUGAAGUACCACGUACAGGAAGCUAGGUAUCUAUCCGCUUUCCCAAACCUGGACAAGUGGCGGGUCGGAUUAGGGGUGUGGUGAUGUGUCCCCCGGCCCCGGGAGCUCUUCCCUUCCAAAGCGACCGUUCCUCCCCGGUCCACUUUUCUGUUGCCAGUGACUGUGAGCCAGUUGAUAAUGGAUGGUAGUAUGCGGAGUGGGUUAAGUUCAGUGGGGUGGUCAGCUCUGUUGUAUACGCUGGCAACUCACUGGCUCUUUUUGGUCAGGAAAAGGGAUCCGAGUCCAUGGGCAUGGAUUUCGGUUGAGAAAAGAUUCCCGAGUGGGUGGUCGUUCCCGCUCUUCCCCCAGUCAAACCUCGUACCGCCCCUUUGGCGCCUUUUCUGUAACGACAAAUCA